CCACGCUGCUGCAGCCGGUACAAGUGUGAAAGAGAAGCUGUGAAAGAGCCACAUGUACUGGGACACUUCGACCAAAGCAGGAGACAGAAACGCCGACUCCAAAGUAAAGAUGGAGGUUUGCCAGAGCGGAUACUACACAGAAGACUUCAGGACGCAGGAAGUGCCAGCUGGUUUCGACUUUGCAUCUUAUGACUACCCUGGUGAAGACCUGUCUUUUCUGUUAGACAGUAAAGCGCCCGGACAGCAGCAGCAGCAGCAGCAGUACGCGGCAGACAGCAGCUACCCGGAGCCGCCAAAAGCUUCCCAUCCUUAUGACACCAAAGUAAGUGACGCUGCCCUCUUCAGCCUGGAUGUAUACCAGGAGUUCAACUGGUGGGCCUCGUAUCCACAAGAUGGACUGGCAGUGGACCAGUCACAAACUGGAUACCAGGAGUCUCCUCAGACAUACCAGAACUUGGUGUCCCAGACCGGACAGUUCAGCCCUGCCGUGGAAGGCAGCCACAGCCCCUUCCUCACAGGAACGGGAUCAAACUCAGUACAAAGCGAAACAGAUCAGAGCUACUCAGAUGCACAGAGACAGUCCUCGUGCUUUUGGUCUGAAUAUCAGUCCCCCAACUUCGCUGCCCCUCCAUCACACCCAUCUAUGGCCUCAUGUCCCUCAAACCCCGGCCUCCAGUCCUCAGAGCAGUACUGCCCCCGUGUGGUGAAACGAAAAAACGCCCCUCCACACAGGCUGGACAGGGAGGGGCAGAUGACAGGAAUGUCGGCUUAUCCAGGUUCUGGUCCAAUCCAGCUGUGGCAAUUUUUACUGGAGCUUCUGCUGGACUCUGCCUGCCGCACUUUCAUCUCCUGGACUGGAGACGGAUGGGAGUUCAAGAUGUCUGACCCCACAGAGGUGGCGAAGCGCUGGGGUCAGUGCAAGAACAAACCAAAGAUGAACUACGAGAAGCUGAGCCGUGGCCUGCGUUACUACUACCACAAAAACAUCAUCCAUAAGACGGCGGGCAAGCGCUACGUCUACCGCUUCGUCUGUGACAUGCAGGGCAUGCUGGGAAAGUCGGCACAGGAGGUCCUGAGCAGUAUGAACGUUUUACCCACAAACACAGAGUCCUGGCAGUGCUCUGGGGUAUCGACAGCCUCUGACCACAGCAGUGAAACGUGGGUUUCACAGUAGGGGGCCGACCCCAGGAGCCUCCGUGCUGCUGGCUGACAGACCUGAACGUUUUGAGUACUUCAGCCUUCGAAGUGAACUCUGCUUCCUCAAGCCUCGUGGAAGAGGAUGAACUUGUUGUAGGCAGUUUACAGAUGCUGCAUUUCAGGUAAUAAUAAUUAAAAGUAUAUAGAUCCAUAGUGCAGCCAAUAUUUAAUGACAUCAUAUCAUUUUUUCUUAAAUGUUAAAAAUAGCUACUUGACCUCAGGCUGUUUUAAGUGCAGCACAGACACCAGCCAGGGGUAUUUUAAGCACUCGGGUUACUUUUACUUUUGUCCUCUGGGGUUGUUAUGUUUGAUAGUUUGUUUGUUUUUUUUCUAAAGAAAGAAUAGAUUUGUAAAUAGUAGAGUAUGUAGAGUUUUGUGCAUUUAUGUUAUUAUUAUUAUUAUUUUCUAAAUACAAAACUCAUGUCUACCUCUGUUGAUACUCUGAAUAACAAACUGGCGGUUUUCAGGCACUUGCUGUGAAGGUUUCAGUGACGUAUGAUGGUUGUCUGAUGUAAAUAAACUGUAUAUAAACGUGUUGAAUUAAAGUCUUCUUUUAUAAAA